ACGAUGGAGCUGGAGCCCGAGCUGCUGCUGCAGGAGGCCCGCGAGAGCGUGGAAGUGGCGCAGAGCUACCGGCGGGAGCUAGGCCAGAGGCUGCAGGGGCUGCGGGAGGCGCGGAGGCAGAUCAAAGAGAGUGCAUCCCAGACGAGAGGUGUCCUCAAACAGCAUUUUAAUGAUUUGAAAGGAACCCUUGGGAAGCUCCUGGAUGAGCGAUUGGUGACCCUUUUGCAAGAGGUGGACACCAUUGAACAGGAGACCAUUAAACCAUUAGAUGACUGCCAGAAGCUGAUAGAGCACGGAGUUAACACUGCAGCGGACUUAGUCCAAGAAGGUGAGAUCGCCAUUCUGGGUGGUGUAGGAGAACAGAAUGAAAAACUGUGGAGCUUUACCAAAAAGGCCUCACACAUCCAGUUGGACAGCUUACCAGAGGUGACUUUACUGGUUGAUGUGCCUUGCUUAUCUGCUCAGUUGGAUGACUCAAUUCUUAACAUAGUGAAAGACCAUAUUUUCAAGCAUGGAACAGUAGCAUCUCACCCACCAGUACAGAUAGAAGAAUUGAUAGAGAAACCCGGAGGCAUCAUCAUACGAUGGUGUAAGGUGGAUGACGACUUUACCGCCCAAGAUUACAGGCUCCAGUUCCGUAAAUGUACUUCCAGUCAUUUUGAGGACGUGUAUGUAGGCUCUGAAACUGAAUUCAUAGUAUUGCACAUAGACCCCAAUGUUGAUUAUCAGUUCAGAGUCUGCGCCCGAGGAGAUGGCCGACAGGAGUGGAGUCCUUGGAGUGUCCCCCAGAUAGGUCAUUCCACGCUGGUGCCUCAUGAGUGGACAGCUGGCUUUGAGGGGUACAGUCUGAGCCGUCGAAGAAACAUAGCGCUUCGGAAUGAUGCUGAAUCGUCCGGUGUUCUCUACUCCAGCGCUCCCACUUACUUCUGUGGGCAGACAUUAACAUUCAGAGUUGAAACUGUGGGACAGCCAGACAGAAGAGACAGUAUAGGAGUGUGUGCAGAAAAACAGAAUGGAUAUGACUCCCUGCAGCGGGAUCAAGCAGUUUGCAUUAGUACAAAUGGUGCAGUUUUUGUAAAUGGAAAAGAAAUGACUAAUCAGUUGCCCGCAGUUACUUCUGGGUCCACUGUCACAUUUGACAUUGAAGCUGUGACUCUAGGAUCCAGCAAUAAUAACGAAGGCGGAAACAUCAAGCUUCGAGUAACUAUUAGCUCAAAUAACAGAGAAGUGGUGUUUGAUUGGUUGCUCGAUCAGUCUUGUGGUUCUCUUUACUUUGGAUGCUCGUUUUUCUAUCCUGGGUGGAAAGUGUUGGUAUUCUAGAUUUUCAGAUGAUUGGCUUUGGGUUUGCAGGGGUUUCACAUAGCUUUCCUCAGCCCAGUUCAGUUGUCAUUGGUUUAAAAAAUGGUUAGAUUCAUCUCUCAGUUAAGUCAUUGGAAACAAAUUAUUUACUGGAUUUAUUUUCCAAUAUCUUAGCAAUAAGAGGCAUGAAUAUUGUGGACAAAACAGUAAUGCAGUCCAUUUUAUUUUUAGCAUAGUGUUAAUUGGAAUAUCACAUCACAAUAAAAAUCAAAUUGGCUUUUAAAAGUAUGAGGUGAUACAGACAGCCCUAUGUACCUUUCCACUGUACUUCUUUUUAAAGUUGGCUGUAAGAACACAAAAAU